UGACAUUCUGAAGUCUGUUAUGUAAUUAAUGGGAUGGGAAUCUAGGUUUUAGAGUCGAUUUUAAUUACUAGAUGAAUGCCAGGUAAAAUUAUAUCCCCAAGUAGCUAUAGCAAGGUUUUGUUUUAACUUAAAAAAAGGCCAGGGGCAAGAGAGCUCGUGCUGAGUCUCGAGAUGUGUAAGAUCCCAAGGAUGGGGCGGAGUGGAGGCAAGUUAUUUUUUUUUAAUGAAGUCUUUUCCUCUAAGAACUGGAUAAAUCUAAUUUAUAACUUACAUAUUGUAUAACACAGCACAACCCAGAAUUGGAGUUCGAAGGAAAUAACUGGAGCUACUUUAAAAAAUGUGGGCUGAGGUACUGUUGCAGAAACCAAAUCCAAAUGAAACAAAUUUCUACAAACAAAAAUAUAAGAUGAGAAAAUGAAAAAGGUAGCUCGUCUUUAGCCGGCCCUUCAGCUCUCUUCCGUAUACAAGUCUGUACUUCAGAGGGAAACUCAAAUAAAAAAGACUUCAAACAGUUGAAACUGUCACUUCACAUAAUUUUCUGGUUAAUAUAAAAUGGGACACUGAUUGGCUAACAAGACAUUCUGAUCACCACUAAAAGAAGGGAGAGCAGAAGUCAUUUGCACAGACUCCACCCCUAUAUGGCGAGAUGUUGGAAAUUAACCAAUAAACUCUCAGUCCCUUGCAAGUCUUCAUUUCCAUACCGGUUCUAUAAGUAGCGCAUAACCAACCAGUUUUGAUGUAGUUGAAAUCACUUACUUUGUCUUGUGGUGUGUGUUUCUGCAAAAAUGCCCGAUCCAGCAAAAUCUGCUCCGGCUCCCAAGAAGGGCACUAAAAAAGCUGUUACAAAAGUGCAGAAGAAGGACGGCAAGAAGCGUAAGCGCAGCCGCAAGGAGAGCUACUCUGUCUACGUGUACAAGGUGCUGAAGCAGGUGCACCCCGACACCGGCAUCUCGUCUAAAGCCAUGGGCAUUAUGAACUCGUUCGUCAACGACAUCUUCGAGCGCAUCGCGGGCGAGGCGUCCCGCCUGGCGCAUUACAACAAGCGCUCCACCAUCACGUCCCGGGAGAUCCAGACGGCCGUGCGCCUGCUGCUGCCUGGCGAGCUGGCCAAGCAUGCUGUGUCCGAGGGCACCAAGGCGGUCACCAAGUACACCAGUUCAAAUUCCAUACAGAACACAGUGUCUACCAAAAAUGUUGUUCCCACUGCCAGAUAAAAAAGGAUAUGAAAUCAGACAAGAGUUAGUGACUGGAACCCUGAAGAAGAAAAUUACAAAAAGAAGAAAUGCUAUUUAUAGACCAGAGCAAUCUGGCUGAUUUAUGUUUGGGAGACAAGGUUGGCUGAGACCUGAUAUGCCUGUCCCCAGAGGAGACACUGGUAGUUUCACGGGUAGGAAGGAGCUGGAGGUAGCUUCCUCUGGGCUCUAUGGUACACUGACAGGGGCAGGCUCUUCGUAAGAGCCUAACUGCCAGGGCCCUGUCAGUAGACUUACUCCCUAGUUUCAGAGAUAAAUGCUAUUUCUAUCACAUUUAAUGCUUGAAAUGAAUCUGGGUUGAAGACAAACUUUUUUUCCCAAAGAGUCUUUUUUUGGAGCUCAUAGUCCCUCUACCUCAGCCAGAUAUAGAUACUUGGGCAUGUAUUAUGUGCAAUCCACAAAACCCCUAUCUCACCAACCCACCAUGUGAGAUCUUCAAAGAACUGCCCCCUAAUGCCCUUACAUCCACCCCCAUACCUGUGACAGUAGAUAGGAGGAACUCAAUAUGUUGUUGAGUAGAUUAUUGCAAGAGGGUGGGGAGGGAGGAGAGAGGAGAGAAGGGAAAGAUGGGAAAGAAAAUAGAAAAGAAAGAAGGGUAAAAGGAAGGAAAUAAAUGGAAGAAGAAAAGGAAAAGAGAAGAAAGGAAAUUAUGAAGUUUAUGAGAACAGUGAAGUUAUAAAUCAAGAGUGAAAAGGCCUGCUCAUGGUUCUUUUCUGGCUUGGCCAUGAAAUCCCCUUGAAUAGAUCUCAGUCUCAUAGGGGAAAAGGAAGCAUCUUCUCUUGUGCCAAUCAACUCCCAUUAUUCUCACUCACCACACACUUGAAGCUCCAACUCAGGGCUGUGCUUGAUGACAUUUCCAUCUUCUGUGGCAGCCUCACACCAGUAUGACCCAGAAUCUUCUCUUUUAGCAGUGAGUAUCUGGUAUUCAGAGGAUGUGUUCCUGCUUAUGAGGGUCUUGCUGCCCACAAAGAAGAAGUAAAGCUGCAAGCCAGACCUCUGUGGGAGCAACUUUGUUUCACAGCUCAGAUUGACCAGAUUCCCCUCUAGAAGGGAUAAUGACAAGGAUGCUCUCAGCACUGGAGCUGGAAAUAGUUCUAAAGGAAAAGUUGAUGGGGAGAGGGUUGCCUGCUGCAGUUCCAAGAUUCUUUUUAUAGAAGAUAUCCCUCCUCUUUGGGAAACCUGCCCCUAGAGAGUGCAUCCAUAAGACAUAAUUUUUCCCACUUCCAGCGGAGAAGCAUUCCUGGGAUUUUCUCAUAGAUAUGCUUAGUUGCCAGCUUGCUCACAUCCCACUGCAGAGGAUACCUCUAUACAGUCCAUGCUCUAUAGCUCCGUUAGUCAUGAAUAGCCAUGUUAGUUAUGAUAUGACCAUGUCCUUCUGGUAAUGGUCACCUAGGAGUGGGCACUGACUCACACACUAGCCAGUUCAGUGAUUCAUUACUUGUGUUCUUGCCUCAAAAGAUAGUCUGGGACAAUAACCUUUUCCCCAUAGGAAUGAACUCUUUUCAGACAGAAAAAAGCUGCUAAUAGUUAUGAGUACUAAGAUGAAAGGCCAUGAAAGAGUUAUACCAAGGACCACAUGCAAACUGGAACAGAGGAGGCUGCUUAAUUAGCAGAUAUUCAGAGAGAAAUGGAACUGGAGAAGCUGCAUUGUCUGAGAGAGACAAAGUGUAACUAAGUCCCAGUGUUUCCUGGGUUUCUGUUUCUUGGAGCUUUUGUGAGUUCCAUUGAGUGAUUUUCUAAUAACUCACCUACCUACCUUGAGUGAGUCUCUAUUCCUUGCAACUAAAAUAAAAUUGAUUAAAUGGAUCUUCACUAUGCCCUAGCCCAGACAUUCCUUAGCUACUGGACUUACUGAGGGAAUAUACUGAAAAGAGCAAUGGACUGGGACUCAGUAGACCUCAGUUCUGGUCUCAGCCCAGCCACUCGUCACUGUGUGGCUUCACCUAUCUGGAGCUCCGUUCUUCACUUGCAUAUGGAUGCAAUGAUUUAUGAUGGUUCCUGUGGUCCUUAAAACUAAAGCUUUA